UACGAUUCCGGCAGGAACAGUCAUUUCCAGACGUCGGGUUCGCGAUGAUCCAAGCUCCGUAACAGCCGUCGUCGCGACUUUUUGCCAACUAACAAUCGUACGAUUUCGUCUCGUGUUGUGUUUUUUUUUUUGUCUGUAUCGUGAUUAAUCAAUAGUGCAUCUUGACUGCAAAUUAAGGUGCCAGGUGCCCGGUGAAGAUUUGGUCAUCAAAAAAACGACUUUGGCCAAUUUAAUAAUCGAUUGUGCAGCAGACGUCGUUUGGAGGUGGACCUAGUGGGAUUUUUUAGAGGAAUUCUUGUGCAGCACCACACAAUGGCGGAAUCGAGUUCGGAAGGUGGCACUCCGACCAAAGCCAAAGCGGAAGAACGGAUGCGAAACUAUCUGGACCACUUCAAGAACCUGCUGGAUCCGGCCCAGCGCCACCUGACGGACAUGACCAAACCGUACAACCGGGCGUUUCCCUUCCCGAAGGACGUACACGUGAAUCCGGCCGAUCUGAAGAAGCUCGUCCUCAACAGCGAGCGGAUACGGAACGUGCUGGAAAAGGAAUCGGGAGGUGAUCCGCGGAAGAAGGCGGAACUCGUUCGUACCGUGAAAGCGAUACUGGACGAGAUUGGGCUGGAUGAAAGUCUGGCGGUGAUCCGGGUGCUCGGAACGAUCCUGAACUACAUCAUCCGGCGGAUUCUGAGCGGGAUGUACGUCAACGAGACGAAGCUGGAACAGCUCAAGUCCCAGUUCGGCGACCGGACGGUGCUGUACCUGCCCAGUCACCGCUCGUACGGCGACUUUAUUCUGAUGUCGUACGUGUCGUUCUGUUACAACAUCGCCAUUCCGGGCAUCGCCGCCGGCAUGGACUUUCACUCGAUGGCGUUCAUGGGCAGCAUUUUGCGGCAAACGGGUGCGUUCUACAUGCGGCGGACGUUCGGGAAUGACCAGCUGUACUGGGCGGUGUUCAAGGAGUACAUGAGGCAGCUGGUGCGGGCGUAUGACAACGGGGUGGAGUUCUUUAUUGAGGGAACGCGGAGUAGGAGCAAUAAGGCGUUGACGCCGAAGAUUGGGCUGCUGUCGAUGGCGCUGGAGCCGCUGUUUAUGGGGGAGGUUCCGGACGUGUUGGUUGUGCCGGUGAGCGUGUCGUACGAUCGGCCGCUGGAGGAGCAACUGUUUGUGUACGAGCUGUUGGGAGUUCCGAAGCCGAAGGAGUCGACGAAGGGGUUGCUGAAGGCGAUGAGCAUCUUGAAGGAGAAUUACGGUUCGAUCUACUUUGAGUUUGGCGAUCCGAUUUCGGUGCGGGAGUACUUUGGGGACGAGCUGAACCGGUUCCAGCACUCGAUGAGUCCGGCCCACGUGCAGUCGCUGACCAAGUCGGACCUGACGUUGUUGCAUAAUCUCGCCUUUGACGUGGUCCAUCUGCAGCAGGAGAAGAUCGUGCUGACCACGUUCCAUCUGAUAUCGGUGUACUACAACUACCGGAAGUACCUCGGCCAAUCGGUAAACCUCCCAGAACUGAUCGAAGGUCUUCGAGUGCUGGUGGACAUCUUACAGCACCUCGGCGCAGUCACCACAAUCCAGAAAACCGGCCAUCACGAAGCGGACCGCAACCUCAUCCGGACAAGCAUCGAAGAAGCGCUCAAAACCCACGCAAACAUCCUCCAGCUCAACUCGGACGCCGUCCUCGUAAUCGCCAAAUCGCACCACGACUUCUCCCAAGUCGACAAGCGGAAACUCAAAGGUCACAACCUGUCCGACGUCGUAAUGCGCCUCUCCGUGCCAAUCUUCACCCUCCAGCUGUACUGCAAUCCGUGUCUUCACUGGCUCGCCCAACCCGCCCUCGUCCUACUCGCCGCCAAGAACCUCUCCAACAGUUCCUCCGACAUCAACGUACACACCCUCCGGCAAACUGUGAUCGAGUUGCGCAACCUAUUCGCCACCGAGUUUGUCUUCCACGGGCGGCGUGAGGAGCGCGAGUUUGGACAAUCGCUGGAUCAUUUGGUGCACUUUGGCGUGAUGGAGCGGGGGACGGUGGUGGAAGAUGGGCCGGCGGUUGUGCGGAUUGUUCAGGACAAGGCGGACCAGCAGCAACAACGGCAGCAGGUGUACCUUAGUGCGGUGGGGCCGUUCCUGUGCUGUUAUCUGCAGGUCGCUGUUGUGCUGAUGGAACAUUUCUCCCACGGCCCCUUCAAGGAAAAGGACUACCUGGCCAAGGUCCAAGAAUUCGUCGAACAACUCCUGCUGCGCCACGAACCGCACGUCCACCCGUACUGCCUCUCGCUGGACAGCAUCAACCUGGCCCUUUACUCGCUGGUCGCGCUCGGCGUCAUCGCCAAGACGAAGCUCGCCGACCUGACGACAUCCUUCACGGUGGACACGGCCCGGCUGAGGCCCCUCGUGGCCACCCUCCGAACCUACUGCGACCUGCUUCCGUUCGAGUAUCUGACCUUCCAGGGUGCGGUCGUGCAGGUCAUGGAGUCCAAGUUGUAGGAUUCGGCGCUGGCCGGAGGAGUCCGACCCGUGCGGGAUUUCCUCCAGCUAGUUCGGCUGGUGCUGGCCAUCGUACUGCGGCUGGUCCACGGCAUGUUGCGCCUGCUGCGGACCGUCGGAAUGCGAACGCUCGGCCAGGCGGCGGCCGCGGCCAUUCGGUGGAGAUAAGUGAGACGAGAGAGAGAGAGAGAGAGAGUUACCGCGCUUUCGAGAAACAAUCAUUUUUUUUUUGUUUUUGUAAAUAGUUUUCCUCGUUGUGUCGUCUUGAUCGUUUGUUUAAGUGUGCAUUCCAUUCCACAACCCUUCUUUCCCAGAGUUUAGCAUAAAAAUUUAAUACGCAAUCAAAUAAAAUUGAAGGCCAAAAUGUCAGACAGUCAAAAAGAAAGGAACGUGAAUUAGUGACUAAUCGUGAAUGUAAAAUAUAAUAAAAUUCGUGUUACAAGUAUAACAAUUAACUGUACUAUUUAGUGAUUAAGGUGGGCAGCGUGCAGAUUAGAUUAAAAAGAGGGAGAAGAAGGAGUGUUUGAGGAGUUUUGGUGGUGUGGUGGUGUAGAUUAAAUAGCCCGAAAAAUGUGAACUAUAAAACAAAUAUUACCAGUGAUUCUCAAGAUUUGCACUACUGUAAACAGCCAGUAAAGCAUUACAGCAUAACAACAAUAAACCUGUUUUCUACGCGAUAAA